UCACUGGCUCAAUUCCGAAGGGGCCUCCGCUGUCCCGGAACCAUAAUACCACCCCAUAGGCCACGAGCCUACGACUACGACAAGAACAGCACACCGAACUCCGACACAUCUACGUUUACAUUCAGUAAUUUUCCCCUGGUACGUGGAUAAGGGCAAGGAUGAACAAAGGUGGACCGGCGGGUGGAGGAGUAUUGGGGGGUGGGAUUGGAGGUGGUGCAGGAAGGGGCCCGACUGCUGCAGCGGCUGCAGCUGCUACUCAGAAGCAAAAGACUUUGGUGCAAAGGGUAGAAGGUGACAUCGCCAAUAUUGUGGAUAAUUUCAGCCACCUUGUUAAUGUUGCUAGGGUAAAUGAUCCACCAGUUAGAAAUUCACAGGAAGCUUUUAUGAUGGAAAUGCGUGCUGCCAGAAUGGUCCAAGCAGCUGAUUCCCUUCUUAAAUUGGUGUCAGAGCUGAAGCAGACGGCAAUUUUUUCAGGAUUUGCUUCUCUAAAUGACCAUGUUGAGCAAAGAGUGGUUGAAUUUAACCAACUAGCGGAAAAGACAGACAGAAUGUUAUCUAGAAUUGGAGAAGAAGCUGCCGCUAGCCUUAAAGAGCUUGAGUCUCAUUAUUCUUCUUCUACGCAGAAGAAUAUUGAUGCCGUGGAACCAUGACUGUUAUUCUGUUAAUCCACCUAGCACUCCUAUCUUAGUGAAGAAUACUUUCAAGCGCAUAAAUAGAUGAGUUUUCCAGCUCUCAGAGUUCAUACAAGUUUCUUCGUUUGAAUUACUGGAAUUUAGGACUAGGUUGAAGAAAUUGGUAUCUCAUUUCUGAUGUGUACAAUGUAUGGUAGAUCGUGUCACAUGGAAUGAGGAACAAAAUUUAGUCUCGUACACCAUGUUUAAUCAAGAAACAUAAUAGUUUGUACCCCAAUUCUUUAAGUUAUUUUGCUGUAUCAAAUUUCAAUUUCCAAGCAAUUAAUAAUUAGUCUCAUACCAA